CAGUCCAUGAUUCUAAAGGACAUUUCUACAUUUUUUAUACAAAUUAUUGGAAAUAUUAAUAAUGAUACUAUUGUUAUGCCAAAGUCAAGCUUAAUAAUCUUUAGUAAUCUGUUUAUUGCAAGUUUCGUAAAAUAAAUCCAAUCGGCCUAUUCAAAUCAUAGGAAAUCAUGAAAUUCACUGAAUCCACUGCUAAUAUUCAUGCUGGUUUCGUAUUUACAAAAUUUUUUUGGGGAAAAUACUAGCCGUGGAGAUUGGUAAGUUAUGAAAUCAUUUCUCAGCCAAUGUUUAAGAACAUUUUUGUGAUUUUGUUGACAAUAGAUUAGUAACAUACACAUAAUGUGAGUCACAUUAUGUCACAUUAUGUGACAUAGCCGCAUAUGCACUAUGCACUACAAUAUGCCCAUAAUUCGCCCACUAUAAAGUUGAGUAAUCAAAUCAGAUAACUAUGUAUGCAUCUAUUACAUAAUUAAUGCCAAUAUGCCGGGUUAAUUGAUGGAAUUAACUUAAUUCCUAUUGUACAAUAAAAUUCUCUUAUCGUUCUGUUGAUCCGGUAUAAGAAUAAAAUCCUCGUCCAGUUCAAACUAUCUCAACAUUUUAAAAACGAAUUGCUUCAGCCAAACGUUCUUCAAUUUAGUAUAUUCGUACGUUAUCAUCGUUAAAAUGCAGAGGUUCAACUUCUUUGGUUUCGCACUAUUUGUGGGGCUCAGUAUUUUUCGACCUGGAAUUUGUCAAUCCUAUGACGCAACUCUAGAAGAAAAUACCCAAGGUAAAGAUGUCGUUGAUGCAGUGAUACGAAAACUCGGAAGGGCAGCGAUAUUUCCUCAAGAUCAAGGAUUCCUUAAACGACUGGCAUUGGUGGAAUCUGGGUUUGGAAAUUCUUCCGAUACAUACCGACCCGGCUACAAUGGUGGCAUUUGGCAUGUGGAUGAAGUCGAUUUCGAGGCAACAAAAGAUAUACCAGAUCUACAAGAUUACUAUGAUAAAACUAAACAAAUUUUUGGCAUUACUUGGGAUGGCGUGACAUGGGCAGAUCUAAGGAAACCUUUAUUUUCGGCUAUUGCUGUGCGGUUGUUCUUACGUCAGAAGACAAACGACGCAAUUCCUAGUGCAAUUCUUGCACAAGCCUCAUAUUGGAUAAGCCAUUACAGACCGAAUGGCGACGUUAAUCGAUUUGAAGAAGAAGUUAGUGAUGUUGAAAGCAAGCCUGAAUGCCAUGGCGUUGCUGAUGUGUGCAUAGUAAUGGAUGGGUCGGGAAGCAUAACCCUGCCUGCCUUUCAAAAAGCCAUAGAUUUUUCAGUCGACCUUGUGGAAACUUUCACCUUGGACCCCGCAACUGCCAUGAGGGUAGGAUAUCUUGUGUUUGCCUCCGAUAUUGAUCAUUACUUUGACUUGGAUAACACAAUGACGAAGGAAGAAAUGAUAAGCAAAUUGAAACAAGUAACUUAUCCAAACGGAGCGACCGCAACGGGAGACGGCAUUGUUGCAGGAUUGGAAUAUUUCAAGAAGGCUGUGAAUAGGGUUGGCAUUCCAAAAAUCAUGCUCACAUUCACCGACGGUGAAUCGAAUUCUGGAACGUAUAGCGUGUCUCAAGCCGUCGCCAUGAUCCAGAACGAAAGAAUAGUUUCCUACGCAAUUGGAAUUGGAUCAAAUAUAAUCGAAGCCGAGCUGAAAAUAAUUGCAUAUGGCAUUGACGAGAUGGUAAAGAGAGUUGACGACUACAAUGCAUUGCCUGAAAUUACCAAUGAUCUUAAUUUUGCCGUUUGUCAAACACCUCAAACCCUUGAGCCCAACGUGGAGCCCACGCCUGGCGUACUUGAACCCCGUGAACGCAGAUAUUAUGCGAUUGGGCUCACCACGAAUGGCAUAACACUUUCCAUUAGCACCAAUAGUGCCUUCGAAGGAUGGUACUCUUAUUCUGAGCCUAAUCCAAAUAGUGCUAUCUACGAUGGCCUCAUCACUGGCAAUAUUAUUUACAUUCCUGAUCAAGAUGAUGCUGAUGGGCGUGUUCUAAGAAAUGAUGGGACAAAACACGUUUAUGUCACAAUUCAGGGCGCUUCAACUGACGAGAGUUUGACAGAAUAUGUUAUCCAUGUGGGGGAAGGGUAUCAUAUCCCGAGUCCAUCUCCUGAAACCACACAAAUACCAACGUCGACAGAAGUGACCACUGAAGCUACUGCAUCAACGGAAGUAACAACUGAAGCCGUAUUAACGGAAGUGACUACUGACGUAGCAUCGACGGAAGUGACCACUGAAGCAACAGUUAUACCUCCCUCGACGGAAAAAAUUAGCGAAAAUCCAGAAACCACAACAACCAGCAUGCCUACAAGUCCAACUACUACGACAGAAACUCAAAGUACUACAGAAAAAUUACGACCUGAAAACCCACCAGUAAAUGUUCCAGAUGAAUCAAGCAUCCUUUCUGGUGCUCUCCCAUGGUUGAUUAUCUGCUGUCUCUUAAAUUUGUUUAACUAA